UAGCAAGACCUGUUGUUUUAAAGGCCAAGCAAAGCCGUCUACAACGAGACGAUUUUGAAACCCUGAAAAUUAUUGGUCGUGGAGCAUUUGGUGAGGUUGCUGUAGUGAAAUUGAAAGGAACAGAAGAAGUGUAUGCUAUGAAGAUCCUCAACAAGUGGGAAAUGCUAAAGAGGGCCGAGACGGCCUGCUUUAAAGAAGAACGAGAUGUACUGGUGUAUGGAGACAGACGCUGGAUCACAAAUUUACAUUAUGCUUUUCAGGAUGACAAUCACUUGUAUCUCGUCAUGGAUUACUAUUGCGGAGGCGACCUAUUAACAUUAUUAAGCAAAUAUGAAGAACGCUUACCAGAAGACAUGGCUCGUUUUUAUAUAGCUGAGAUGGUUUUGGCAAUACACUCAUUGCACAUGCUUAGAUAUGUACACAGAGAUAUUAAACCUGACAAUGUACUUCUGGAUAAAAAUGGCCACAUUGUGCUUGCUGAUUUUGGCUCUUGCCUGAAGUUAUUAACAGAUGGGACUGUCCAGUCGUCUGUUGCUGUUGGUACACCAGAUUAUAUAUCCCCAGAAAUUCUCAGAGCUAUGGAAGAUGGACAUGGUCGUUAUGGCCCAGAGUGUGACUGGUGGUCGUUAGGUGUUUGUAUGUACGAAAUGCUUUACGGCGAGACCCCAUUUUAUGCAGAAUCGUUAGUUGAAACAUAUGGCAAAAUUAUGAAUCACCAGGUAAUUUUA